AUGUCUUGGUUGAAUGUAUGGCACUCGAUAAGAGUCAAUAGGAGUAAUCGACCGAUAUUAGCAGAUAAUGAGUAUAAUAUCUUUAUCAGAGACCACGUUGGGCUAUACCAAGGGAAAUCAAAAAUAACCGACCAUCAAGAUGGUCGGUUAUAUCUAACUAAUAAACGAAUAAUCUACUUUGAUAAUAAGGACUUUAGAAAUAAUAGCAUCGCUGUAAAUAUUGAUCAAUUAUCUUUAGCGGAAUUAAUCGAUGGGUUUUUGAGAUCAUCCCCCAAAGUAAAAUUAUUUUUAAAAUCGAGAAAUAGUAACAUUAAUGGUGGUGGUGGUGGUGGUGAUGAUGAUGAUGAUGGUGGUGGUGGUGUCUGGGUAUGUAAGAUUUGUUCUUUUAACAACUCAAUCGAAAGAAAACUAGAUUUGGAUAAUGACGAGGCACCCAAAUGUAUUGCUUGUGGCGUUCAAUCGAAUCGUUUCGAUAUAGAGAAUAUUUUAAUAAAUGCUAGAUUGAAAAGGGAAAAUCGUCAAAGUCCUAUGCUGCUGAAAUCUCAAGACCAACCUCAAGGCACAACAACAGACACUUUGGCUGCUAAUGGACAAUGUCCAAUGUGUACUUUUAUAAACCAUAAAUCAAUAAAGUAUUGCGAAAUGUGUGGUACAGAAUUGACCAAUUUUUCAACUACGUUAGUAAGUAACGUUUCUUGUGUUUUGGAAAAUCCCUUGAAUUUGAAACUAGAAUCUCCAGGGAAAGAACAGUAUACAGAUGAUAAUAGACCUUAUGUCAAGGUAAGCUUUCACAAAGGUGGCGAGUCCAAGUUUUUUCAGGAAGUUGCCAAUUUGAUAGAUGAAUCCAAAUGGGAGAAUUUAAGAUUGAAAGGUGGCAUAAACCAAAAUGCAAAGUUGUUGAAACCUCCAAAAUUGACAGUUACGAAAAGUGGAGCUGGUAUCCAUGGAUUGGAACAGAUUGGUGAACAACAAAGGAAAAACAACGAGAUUAUUUUGAGCACUUCAUUGGAUGAUUUGGAACAAUUGAUGUUUAAAUAUCAAGAUUUGAUGAAACUUUCAUCUUCGUUUUCUAGUCUCGUAUCAAAAAGUCCAGCAAGAACGAUGGAAAAGAGUAUUCCACCAUUAAGCAUCAGUAAAACAUCAAAACUAUAUCAUAAUGAAUUGAGUCGACACAUUAGCGAAUAUCUCACCAAUUUCAAAUUGACUAAAAAUACAGCAAUGAUUACAUUACAAGAUUUGUUUGCAGAGUAUAAUAGGUACCUUGUCCGUUGUCAGGGAUUUGCUUGUCAAUUAGUUGAUGUUGGAGAUUUCAAAAAACUGGUUGAUUUAUUUGAAACGUUGGAUCUUCCAUUUGUACAAAACAAGUAUGAUCAAUCGGAUUUGGUAGUUAUAAGACCCAAGAUUCACGCAGAUUCAUAUGGCGAGUUUAUUGUAUUGUUUUUGAAGGAACAAGAACAUCAGUUCAAAGUGAAUGAUUUGAGAAGUGAGAUGAUCAAUGAGGGUGCAGUUGAUAAAGAAGAAAUUCAUGAAUCUGGAUGUUAUGGGUGUACCGUAUCACAUAUCUCGCAUGGGUUUAAAUGGUCUUACACGAUCACGAUGGAGGAGCUUGAAAAAGCUGUCAAGAAUGGCCAAAUUGUAGUUGAUCAGAAUAUUUCGGGUACUUUUUACUAUGUGAAUAAGUUUUCUUUUACACAAGACGAAUGGAAUGACGAGAAGGGGAUUGAAGAGAUCAAGAAGAGAAUAUUACAAGAACAAAACGAUAUAACUAUGAGUAUGAAAAGGGAGUAUGAAAAAACAAAAGUAAACAACUUGAUCAAUUUGAAUCCGGAUUAUGAGUUUGGAACUAUUGUUGAAACAGGAGAUAGUAAUCAACUUGACACGAACAUUGAUACUGUACCUAUUGAAAAAUCUCCUAUAGACAUAAAAUUGAAUGGACUCGAAGGGUUAAAGUUUUGA